ACAGCAAGUGGUUGUUGUAAAUAUAAUACACAAUUAAUAUCUAACGUUGUGUUAAAAGAAUGGAGUUCGAGAGCGUACAGCGUUUUCCACCAAGUGAAGAUAAAUGGAAUGAAAGUUCGUCAGACGAAGAACCUUACGGAGGUGGCCAAUAUGAUGAUUUUGAAGAUCUUUUUAGCAACGAAACUGAGUCUGUCCAAAAUGAAUCUGACGAGUCAGAGAUAGGAAUGUACUUGGAGAUGGAGCCAGGCACGCAGAAGGAAGUUGCUCAGUUGAUCGUCUUACGUCGUCAUCUUGAUUCACUGCAAGAACAACUUUCAGAAAAAGAGUUUUUGGUGAUGAAGUCAAGGGAGGAGCUAGCAGCAUGUAGGACGCGCACCAAGGCGUUGGAAAUUGAGUUAAAUGAAGUUCUGAACGAGAUUAAACAAUCGCUGGAAAGUGAGAAUGUCGCUUCAUAUCAUCGUCUCGUGUCACAGAAAGCUAAACUUGAAACGGAAAUUGAAUCUGACAAGAAAUUAGAAAUUGAAAUAAAUAAUAAUCUUCAAGAAUCUGAACUUAAUUUAUCCCGGGUUGAAAUUGAGCAGCGUCAUUAUGUUGAACUCGCUGAGCAAGUCGUUGCUAAGGAGGAAAGGGUGAAUCAGCAUAAAAUGAAGAUGGCAAAAUAUCGACUCGGCAAAGAAAGGAAGGCCGCCAUCUUGGAAAAACGGAAGUGGAAAAAUGCUGAAAGAGAACUUACUGACCUCAUAAAAGCAAGAGAGUUUGCACAUGAGAAAGCACUAGAGGCCGCUAUAGAGAAUCAGAAAAAAGCUCGAAAAUUUCUCAAACAAAGUUUAAGCCGUGUUCGUGAUAAAGAACAAACACAAGUGGAAAAUGAAGUUGCGAAUAUUGGGGGGAGAGUGAAGAGUAUUAUUUCAUUAAAGGAAAGCAUCAACUCAAACAGGGAGAAUCUUAAAGCACUGCAGGCCCGAGAUGCUGCGUUCAAAAAGCAGCGUGAAACAUCAGAACUACUGGAGCGGAACCAAGUUUUAAGAGAAGGAGGAAACCCACAACAAGUCUUGCUUCGAAGGAAGAAAAAGGAAGAAUUUGAAAAAAAUAAAAUAUCUUUCAAAACUCAGCAAACAACGAAUCGAAUGAAAAUCGUUUCAACAAUUUUGAAAGAAGAGGAAAAUAUUGAACGUAGGAAGAAGCAACAGCCCCAACUCUGGUCAACCAAACACACAGAGAAGUUAAAGGAAAUCCAACCACUGAAGAAACCAUCCAUACAUACUAAGAUAGAACUAACUGAGGAUAAUGAACCGAUAUUUCUUCAACAAACUAAGUAUUUGCAACAAACGCCGCGCGAGGAUGUUCAGAGAGAAGUGGACUCUGUAUCGUCAUCUAGUGGUCAAGAUAUUUCUCAAUCUCCGUCAACGUUGGCUCUUCGGAAGACAACAAUGGUUGCCAACGACAACGAGGAAGAAGAUCUUGCUCAACCUGAGUUCCAGGGAAUGUGGGAUCAAAAACAUAAAGUUUAUAAGGUUCCAAAAGAAGACGUCACUUUAAAACCAACAGGGGGGACAAAGAUGGAGCAUGAUAUAAUGAAACGUACGCUGGCAAAACAUAAAGAUGGUAUAAUAGUCCAGCAGGUGGCAGCAGGGAGAGAGUUCAAAGGUCGACCAUUCAACAGUAAACCAGAGGUCAUCCACUUUAAGGAUCUUGAUGUCGGGCGAGUUUACAAGAAAAAGAUCACGAUCACCAAUGUUUCGUACAGCAUCAACUUUUGCAAGUUAUGUGGAUUAUCUGAACAUUUAAAAGAUUUUAUCAAAAUUGAUUUCGAACCCCCUGGACAAAUGUCAGCUGGAAUGUCAUGUGACAUGUUUGUUACUUUUAAACCAAUGAUAAACGAAGAUUUGAUCGGUGAAGUUUUUUUUCUCGCACAAACUGGACCUUUCUCCAUUCCUCUCAAAUGCACAACCAAGAAAUGUGAUCUUUCUGUUGAUGUUGAGUCGAUAAACUUUGGAACUCAAGUUGUCGGCGAAACGAUUCGCCGCUCGGUGGUGCUACAGAACAAAGGAGCGCUCGGGUCAAGAUUCGAUUUUCAGAAAAUUCCGGAAAAUCCAGCAACGACGUACACCCUGGAGACCUCACUUGGAAGAUUGACAACAGCAGAGACACCAGGGAUGACACCAAAUGAUGUUUCAGAACGGUUGAAGACGAGCACCACUAUUCCAUUGAACACCGCACUCAAGUCAAGGAGGACUCAACAAAGUGAACGUUUAACAGACAAUCCACAAACUGCUGAAACUUUGGGGAAAAUGACGGAAUUUCCGAUUCAAGGUGAUGAAGAAUAUGAAGAACAACAUGGAGAUUACAGAGACGAAGGAGAUGAGAUAACGUUUGUUACCCCGGCAACCGAAUAUCAGGCAGUUCCUGAUGAACUCAAAGUUGGGGAGAUAAUGAGUGGUGAAAUUGAACCGUUCUCAUCAAUCAAACUCGACAUAAUAUUUGCCCCAUGCAUUCCUGGAGAUAUACAAGCUAACUUCCGUAUUUCAUUCACUGACGCAGAGUCACAGCCGCUUCUGAUCAAAACAAAAGCGGUUGCCAUUGAUGUCCCUGUGUGGUUGGAACGCCAGAAUGUGGAUUUGAAAGUUUGCAUGUAUGACAGGUUGUACCAAGAGCAGAUAGUAGUUCAUAACAGAGCGAGCACUGCGCUUCGUUUAAACUUUGAAGUUCCCAAGGAAUUGCGUAAUCACAUGGAGUUGUUGCCGAAGACAGGAUACAUACAAGCCAAGCAAACAUUUACCGCUCAACUCAAGUUUCUACCAAGACAAACCCUGGCAGAGGACAGCGGAGGUUUGUUUGACAUCGAGACAGGGAUCGUUGAAGCACCAAUGGUGAUACGAGUUGCUGAUCAAACUCGUCCCGUUCCUUUCGUCAUAAACGCCGUUGUGACAUCAUCAGAUCUUGAAUUUGAUCGACCGAGUGUAGACUUUGGUUGCUGUGGAAUCCACGAGUCGGUUGUUUCAACUGUAAAGUUGACAAAUCAUUCAAUUCUCCCCCAGUUGUUCGGUUUUGUUGGAAUUCCUGAGUACGUUGAUAUUCAACCCAAUGAUGGAUUCGGGACAAUCUUACCGCUUGAAACAAUUGACAUAGACAUCAUAAUCAACGCUAAGCGUGCUCGUGAUUAUGACUUCACACUCCUGUGUAAAUCUGGGAUAAAUAGGGAAUUCCCGCUCCAUUGUCGAGCAGUGGGGGUUCACCCACCACUGGAGCUGAGUCAUCAGGUCAUCAACUUUGCCGCAACAGCUUUGGACGAUGUUUCCACCUCAACCUUCCAUGUUGUUAACUCUCAUAUCAGUUCAAAUGAGUUUACACACCCUGUGCCUAGGAUUGGUAAAGGGGAAAUAGCAAAAGUUGGUCCCACUUCAUUUGAAUUUAUGGUCCCAGAUAAUAUCCCAAUAUCUAUUACACCUUCAGUAGGAACGGUUCAACCAGGGGAGAAAUGUCACAUAACUGUGGAGUUUUCCCCCAAACUUCAUGAAUAUGAUGUCAGAAAAGAAGCUGUGCGUGUCAUAGAGAGCAUGAGGGAGGAGAAAGCGAAAGAGCAAGAGGAGAAGAGAAUAAGAGAAGCGGAGGAACUCGCUAAAAAGCAAUUAGAAGAAGAAAAACAGCCAAAAGGGAAGAAAACGCCCAAAACUCCGGCAAAACCCAAAACUGGAGAAUCUGCUCCGAAAUCUGGUAAAAGUUCGGCAAAAUCUUCGGAACAAGCGAGUGACGCACCUCUUCCUACACCAGAGGAAAUUGAUGAUAAGUCAAAAGCAUACAAAGCAGCUCAUGCGUUCCUAACACGCAAUUAUCCUGGUUCAUUUCAAACUUUUAUCAUUCCAUGCCUCGUGGCUUCCGGGUCGUGCUCGGAUGAUGAUUUGUCGCUGAAAUACAACACUGCAAACACAUUAUACCUUGAAGUCCAUUGUCCUGUCAUAAAACCUCCCGUUGUCAUAAUAUCCAACCAAGGGCACAGCCUCACUGACUUUGGACAAGUUUCUAUCGGACAAAACGCGAUUAAACCAAUCAGUAUUCAGAACAUAUCUGAAAACUCAGUAGAGCUUAAAGUUUCCGUCCUUGAUACAAGUGGGCCGUUCCAAAUGUUGAACGCACUCCGAACGUUAAAACCCGAUGAAACACACACCAUACUUGUCUCUUUCACACCAAAUAUGGGCAAAGUGUUUUACGAAGUGUUGAAGAUAAUCGGCCCGUCGUCUGAGCUCGACGUUUGUCUCACAGGUCACGGGGUCACCCCGGUCAUUAAACUUGUUCCGAAUCAACGAUUCCUCGACCUAGGUCAUGUGAUCACGGGGGAAACCUCAUCAACUGCUUUCACGCUGGAAAACCAGUCGUCAUUAGCGAUUAAAUACAGCAUUCGAUUGGACAGUGGUUCAUUAUUACGACAUCAUAAUCUGCAACAAUUACCUGAUUUUAUAUCAAGAAGUGGUGAUGAAAGAAAAGCUUUAGUUGGUCCUCAAAAUCACAACGGUUCAGCCGUAUUUGAUUGCGUACCGUGUGAAGGCAACAUCAGUACUGGUGAAUCUCACGAGAUAAACGUCACGUUCCAGCCAGAUCAACCAAGCACUAAGUUUUCAGACGGCGCAAGGAUAAUAUUAUUUAAUACGGAAGAAGCUCAUGUGAUUGAACUACGAGGUAAAGCUCACGAUCACAUGAUGUUUAUUGAGGGGAAUGAUCCACUAGACGUCCCUGUUGAGUCGCUGACAUCGGACGGGGGAAACAAAGAUACAAACGGAGAUGCAAUCGUCCCGAUGAAAAAUAUUCUGCUUUCCUUCAUGAGCCAUGUGUCAGAGAAAGGGUUUUCCCCUGCACAGAGAAAGCUUGACAUUGGUUGUGUCAAAAGCAUCGCGUUUGCUGCAAGGAAGAACGGUGAAUGGUCAGUGGAUAAUAUUCAAUCGGCUCAGAACGCCGGUUUCAGCAUCGAACCUCUCAAAUCAACUGUUGAUGUUGAUUCAACAAAACCAAUACAAUUUACUUGGACUCCUCCAGAGAACCAUGACCCGAAUGUCCCGGUCACUACGUCAGUGUUGCUGACGUUGAAAGGUGACGUCACACUCAACUACAACGUCAUACUAUCCGGCCUCGUUUCGUUCAAAUGACGUCAUCAGCUAUGACGUCACCGCAUGCUUAUUGAUUUAUGUAGCAACUAUAUUUUUCUAAAUAAACAAAACAAAGAUAAGUUACUUUCUAAAA